UGUGCCCCUUUGCAAACCAUAGAUAACCUAGAAAUUAAAUAUUUUCGCCAUUUUUUGCUACGAAAAUUAAGUUUGACGUAAGAGCCUACAAAAUUUUCGUGUGCACUUCCAAAAAAAGGAAACAUACAAUUUAUCUACAUGUAACAUGUUCUCAUUGAAUUCUAUAAACACCCAAAAUCAGAUUUUAGUUAAUAUUAACCAGCUAGCAGCUCGAUAUUCGUGCCUAUUCAAACAAAGAAAGCAUAGCAAUGGAAAAAACAGUCAUGUGAAGAGAAAAGAGAAUGCUGCGUCAUUAUAUGACGCAACCUUGUGUUCAGAAAGUCUUGAGGAGGCACUGAGAAAUUUUGAUAAGAAUGACCUAGCUGAGAUGCGUAAAAUUGAUUUACGUUCUUUGGCUUCUUUUAGUAAGGCGGCAAAAAAGCCGUUGAACUCUAUCACUGAUCUUCAGUCAGUUAAGAAAGUUUCAUUUAUAUCAGCCGAGACCUUUGAUAAAAACAAGAAUGGGUGGACAGCUUUAUCUACAGCAACUCCUACAGUUACUGUAGAUCUGCGGGGACCCAGUACUAAAGUCAGUUUCACAGACAAUUUCUUGGGCCUCCUCACUCGCAGCAUACAGACAAACAUUUUCCUUUAUAAUGUUCAAGUGAGAGGUUUCAAGACUGAGCGUGGAGUGCAUGCAGAUUUAAAGAGGAAUCCCAACCUGAUUAAUAGACUGCGUAAGUCAUUCGGACUGAAUGUGUCGGAAGGUGAGAAGCAAAGCAAUGUCGGUCCAGAGGCAGCGCCACGACUGGAAAAACUUUUGACAGAUGAGCCGGUGCUCACACACCAGCAGAAAGACAAAAUCAAGAUUGCCUUUGCUGAAGGAUAUCUUGCAGGUUCCCAUCCGGACAACGUCCGUGGUACCAAAGCGUCCAAGUACCUCAAGUUUGUUCAGCAACUACUGACCAUCGUAUUGUUCUUGGCCAUCUUCGUUAGUCUAAUGGCGUCGGUCAGCGGCACUGUCUUUAGGAUUCAACUCGGUAAUCAAGUGGAGGUGGAUCCCGAGGACAUAUCGGUUACCUUUGAUGACGUCAAGGGGGCAGAUGAGGCCAAGCAGGAACUUAAAGAUGUUGUGGAGUUCCUAAAGUCCCCGGACAAGUUCUCGUCGCUGGGCGGCAAGUUGCCGAAGGGCGUGCUGCUGGUGGGUCCUCCGGGUACGGGUAAAACGCUGCUGGCGCGGGCGGUGGCGGGGGAAGCGCGGGUGCCGUUCUUCCACGCGGCGGGGCCCGAGUUCGACGAGAUCCUCGUGGGGCAGGGCGCCCGACGAGUCCGUGAUCUCUUUAAAGCGGCUAAGGAGCGCGCGCCGUGCGUUAUAUUUAUAGAUGAGAUAGACUCAGUUGGAGCGAAAAGAACUAACAGCGUAUUACAUCCGUAUGCCAAUCAGACAAUCAACCAGCUGUUGUCAGAGAUGGACGGUUUCCAUCAGAACGAGGGUGUGAUUGUAUUGGGUGCUACCAACAGACGAGAAGAUCUAGAUCAAGCGUUACUUAGGCCCGGCAGAUUUGACGUAGAGGUAGUGGUGCCGACGCCGGAUUACGUGGGUCGGCUUGAGAUCUUGCAGUUGUACUUGGGACGCGUGGCGUCACAUCCUGGGGUGGAUGUGGAAGUACUGGCCCGCGGGACCACGGGCUUCACCGGCGCUGACCUGGAGAGCAUGGUCAACCAGGCCGCGCUCAAAGCGGCGAUAGAUGGUGCCAAAACGGUAACAAUGAAGUACUUGGAGGAUGCGCGCGACAAGGUAUUGAUGGGCCCCGAGCGCCGCUCCCGCCUCCCUGACGAGGAGGCCAACACCAUCACUGCCUACCACGAGGGCGGGCACGCCAUAGUCGCCUACUAUACCAAGGACGCGCAUCCUUUACAUAAAGUAACAAUAAUACCGAGAGGGCCUUCGCUAGGGCACACCGCGUAUAUACCAGCUAAGGAAAGAUAUCACGUAACGAAGCAGCAACUUUUGGCGAUGAUGGACACCAUGAUGGGUGGCCGCGCCGCUGAGGAACUCAUCUUCGGUCAAGAUAAGAUCACGUCAGGCGCAUCGUCGGAUCUGAAGCAGGCGACGUCUAUAGCGUGCCACAUGGUCCGGGAGUGGGGCAUGAGCGAGAAAGUAGGCCUCCGCAGCAUGGAGCCCCCUAGGGCCUCACUCACGCCCGGUGACCAAUUGGGACCCUACACCAAUGAACUGGUUGAUGGUGAAAUCAAGAAGAUUCUGUCUGAUAGUUACGAACGCGCCAAAACUAUACUGCGCAAUCACGCCAAAGAACACAAGGCUUUAGCAGAAGCACUGCUCAAAUACGAGACCCUGGACGCGGAGGACAUAAAGGCAAUCAUGAGCGGUGAGAAGUUGAAGCACGAGCGACAGGGGCGUAGCAACAAGGAGCCCUCCCCCGCGCCCGCGCCUUCCCUGCUGCCCACCGCGCAUCCGCAGCCCGCGUAAUCAUACCAUGUCAGUGGACGCGUCCGCGAAGACGCUACGAGUGUAC